AUGAAUAGCCAAAAAAGCCUCGACGACUUAAAAGCUUACUCUUAUUUUAAAAAGCAGCCUUAUGUCAACUAUUCCCGCUCCAAGGAAAUUUUCUAUGAUGACAUAGGGACCACAAAUGAUAAAGUUCUCUACAAUACAACCCAUUUCAAUGUUUUCAGGUAUCAAUGCAGCCCUAAUAGAGAUGAGACACCAAUCAAGCCACCAGCCAGAGCUCAAACGACUGGCUUUUUAAGAAGACGACAGUCAAGGCAAGAGCUUAUGCUAUCGACCAUGGCAAGCAAAUUUUCUAAUAUUGACCCAAGAAAAAAACAAGAACUGAUAGGCUUGGCAAAGACAACAAAGCUCAGAAGCGAUGAAUCAUACCCAAGACUAGUUUCCCAUCAGAGCAGAAGACUCCCAUUUGUUAUGAAUGAUUAUCAUAUAAGAGAGACCAACCCAGGCUUUGCACGAAACGAUUUGGGGAACUUUUUUACUCAUUAG